UUCUAACUGGUCAAGCAUUCCAAACCCAAACAAAGGUUCACGAACCUUCCCUCAUUCUUUCAAUAUAAAUCCCCGAAUUUUCAGAAGCUCCUCCAAACCCAAAACUAGAACUUUGAAAAAAACACACACCAAGUUUCCCUUUCCUAAAAUUCCUUCAUAUGAUGAGAGAAAUGGAAAAUACCCUUCAGCUACAAACCAAAGAAAGUUUACAACUUCCACCAAAGAUGGGUGAGAUCAGUGAUGGUCACAAAAGGGGUUACUUGGCCAUGACUCCCCGGUCUAGACCAGCUUGCACAUGCUCGAACCGGCCCGGUUCGGUUCGGUGCGCGCGGCACGGGUAUGUGGUGCCAGGGGAGAGAUUGAAGAAGCGCGUGGCGAGUAAAGAAAUUCUGAGAAGGGCACUAACGCCACCACCAAAACGUUUAGCCCUUAGAUGGUUGAAUUUCAGACCAACCCCUAGCAGGCUUUCUAACAUGUCCAUGGCUUGAUUCUCUCUCUCUCUCUCUCUCUUUUUUUUUUCUUCUUUGGAUGUUUGUAUAAUUGAGUUUAACAAUCCAAUGAAAUUAGAAAUUAGAUUAUUCUAUAUUCUUUAUAAAGUUUCAUUUUUUUGCAAUAGGGUAAUUUAGUUAUUGAAAGCUGGAAUUGUCUACAUGUAUAGGCUCAAAUUUUUGUAUAUGAUUUGCCGUCACUUGCUCUAAUUCAAGUUGUGACGGUUAAAUUGUAUGAAGCUGGUGGUUUAUGGGUGUAUUAAUUUUUGCUUUGUCAGAAUCACAGCUUUGGUGACAGCGAUGACAAUUAUUGUCUGUCCCAUAAUAAUUACAGGAAUCAGAGAUAUUCUUUCAAUAGUUUUGGUGGAAAUUUUUUUGACAACUUCCCAUAUGGUGGUGUAUUCAUGUCGUGGUUGUUAGACACGUUUAUAAAGUAUGGUAGCAGCAUAUUUUUCUUCAUUCACUUUAUCAAGAUUUACUGUGGUAGCAGCUACUAUAAUGUUGUUGCACACACAACAAAUCUGUAGUUUUCGGGGCAUUUGAUUUCGAAUUGUGCAGGAAUGUUAGAUUUGUCCCGUUCUUCUAUACCUAAGCUUUAUUCCUUUGAUCUUUUCUUCUGAUUUUCUAACAAGAGAAGGGUGAGAAAAGGAUAGGAGAUGAGAAUCUUUAGAUUACUGACACCAGCUUACAGCAAUUUCAUUUGAACUGGCACACAGAAUCUAAUGACAAAUGAACAUGUUCAAAAUCUAAAUACACCUCAAAUAUAAAAUACAAUUAUUG